UGAAACGGAUGCGUACGCUGUUUCCCAAAUGCUUAAAUGCCAGAAGGCGAAAAGACGAAUAAUUCUGAUUUUAGUCUGUAAAAUACCACACAAAUCGCUUCAUCGUGAGAAAAGCCGCAGUUCUAAUAAUUCGCUUUAUCCCAUACUAUAGUUUUGAACUAAAAAACACAUCGAGGUUGAAGACUUUGAACGAAUAUUCUUCUUUUUUUUUUCCUUUAGUGAGAUUUAAAUUCAUAUUAUUUUGAAUUUUCUAUGAUUUUGGUUGUGGUUUCGUGAUGACUGGACUGGUUAAUCGCCAUAGUAUUCAAUCUUUACCUUUAAAAGCAUCUAGCAUUUUUGCCGAGGUAAAUGGAUUUGCCGCUCGAGUCCUGGCAACAUUGACAUACUUUAAUGACUGCGAGUAUGACAUCGAAGGGUUAUUCGUUUUCCCUCAAGACGAGAGAACUACGAUUGUGGAGUUCGAAGCGACAGUGGAAGAAAGACAUCUUUUUACAGAAAUCAAAGAGAAAACUUCUGUGGAAUACGAAAAAAGCGCCUAUCCUAUCGAAGAAAGAGAAGAUGAUUUAUUUUCCUUGAGCAUCGGUAGAAUUCCUCCACAAUGUUCAGUGUUUGUACAGGUGAGUUUGAUUACGRAACUCCUCUCGGAUCCUAAGACUCGAGGAUCUCUUUUCGUCCUUCCUUCGGUAUUUACACCAAGAUUAAGCAGCAAGGAUGAAGACGAUGAUAAUCACAACGACCGCUACGGCUCUCAAAUACUGAUCAGUGACAUUCCAAGAAAGACUCAUGAACCGUACAGUUUUGACCUUCAACUUGAGGUUGUCGCUCCAUCUCUUCUUGCUGGCUGUUCGUCGCAGACACAUGCAAUUCAAGUCGAUGCAGAUUCAAGAGCAACAAAUGCGUCUCGUAUUCACAUUACGAUAGCAGAACCACACACAUACGAUAGGGAACUAGAGGUUCUCUUACAUCUAUCCCAUCCUUAUGAUCCUUACGUACUUAUAGAAGAAGGAAAAAGAAUUCUUAGAGAUAAAGAAAACUUUACUUGUGACACGACUGACAGCGAAGACUUGAUUGAAAAUUUCGCUCAGAAACCAGCCGUUAUGAUAAACUUUACACCUCAACUGAAAUCUUUUUCCAAAACGGUGACAGAAUUCCUAUUUCUGGUUGACAGAAGUGGAAGUAUGAGUGGCAAACACAUUUUUCAGGUCAAAGAAACAUUGAUUUURUUCCUGAAAAGUUUACCAUCAAAUUCUUAUUUUAAUGUUAUUGGUUUUGGAUCGUACUAUCGGAGCUUAUUCCAAGAGAGUCAGCAAUACACUGACGAAACUUUGGAAAAAGCUAUAUCCUAUAUUCAAAAGAUGAGAGCAGAUCUUGGAGGAACGAAUCUUAUUCUCCCGCUAGAUUUCAUCUUUGAUCAGCCAAGGAAGAACGGUGUUCCACGGGUAAUAUUCAUGUUGACGGAUGGAGGAGUUUCCAAUACGCUUGACGUUGUUGAUUUAGUAAGAAAAAACUCAACUAACACAAGGUUCUACACGUUCGGGAUAGGACCUGAAGCUUGUCCUUAUUUGGUACAGAGUAUUGCAGGAUCGGGUUCUGGCAAGUCUUGGUUCCUGGCAGAGGACGAGAGGAUUCCUCCAAAGGUAAUGGAAGCACUAAAAGAGUCACUCAAGCCCGCGAUCACAGAUAUUGAGAUCAGCUGGCACCUCCCAGAAGGAUAUGAUGUCAUACAGUCUCCAUCCCAACUCCCGUUCGUGUUUGAUGGCGAGCGCUUAGUAUUGUACGGAUUAUUGUCACGCCCUCCAAGCGAAGAGAAAGAAUCUCCAAGAACGCCUCAAAGACGUCGUAUGGAUCGUACGAUGCGUUCUUUCUCUAAUAAUUCCGUUAAGGUGUUCUGGUUUGAUGAUGAUAUGGAGUACUUACCAGAGGAACAGCUUUUGUUGGAGAUUGAGGAACCAGAAAGACAAGCUGAUGAUGAUGACGAUAACUUUUUCCAAAACGAGCAAGAGUUUGGAUUUGAGAACUUUGUUGACCCCCUCGGAGUCAAUACUCGGCGUACAAUAAAUAAUAACGAGAUACAACAGAAUCGGAAAAGCAUUGACUGUCUAACAAAGCGUGCACGAAGCACGAGUCCUCCACGUGAUCACUCCUCAAUUACUACUGAAGACAGAGACUCACCAGUUGAUGUACAAGGCACGAGGUCCACACGUGAUAGUCAUGGACGUCAUAGAUCUUCCUCAUCAUCCAUGAUUGAUAAGAAUGAUGUCGUCCACAAUAUUGUGUUUGGGGACUUUUUUAAAGAUAUCAAUAAAUCAUCGGAAUCUGUGAGUAACCAAGCUAAAGACCCUGACAAUGGAAGUCAACAGAAAGAAGAAACAAACGAUGGUACUCAUCAAACUGAUGCUCAGAGCAAGAGGCAUCAAUAUGCUCUGGAGAAGGAAGGACAUGGUAAAGGGGACAUGAGCGUUGAGCAAAAAAAGUCUGAAACCAAAAAAUUGAAUAGAAGCCAUGAAAAUGAAGAUGGAAAUGCGUGCGCAUGCGACAACAAGGAGACGGCUAGCCAGGAGACAUCGCGGUAUCAUGAAAGAGAUAGCGGUGUUGGUUUCUCAAUGGAUGAUAGCGAUAAACCAUUUGAAGAGGAUCAAAGCAGCAAUGACCUCUGUUCGGAAGAAGAGAAGUCCGGAAUACGGCCACCGACUGAAGGCACAACACUAUUUCAUGAAGACCUUGAACGCUCUGAUCUAAAAUCCUAUACAGUUGUCAAAGAUAGUGACAUGCUCGGAACACUUGGUCUUCCCAAGAAUUUUGGGGCUGUUAGCAUCAAGGGGUGGGUUGGAGAUGAAGAAGUCGAACAGGUCAUCCCAUUCCCAAUCAACCGGAGCGGUGGAUCAUCAAAGCGUCCAACAAUACACCAGCUACUGGCGCGUUCGCUCAUCCGGGAACUUCAAGUUUCCGAGGAAAACCCGUCAGAGAGCAUGCGCAAGAUACUUACUAUCACUAAGCAGGCCAAAGUACACAGCAGGCUCACGGCCUUUGCUUCCGUCGAUCAGUAUUGUUUUGAAGAUGAGAUUUUGAGUGCACUUCAAUUCCCUAACAAAGAAACCAGUCCAAACCUUGGGAAGAGGAAUGUUCUCAUGUUGGAGCGCAAGUGUGGGUUUACAACUGGUCUCGGUAGGCGCUUACCAAGUCCAGAAGGAAGCGACCAGGAGUCAAUAGAAUCAGAAAGCACCGAGAUAACAAUGGGCAAUGGAGAGGAACCGGCGGAUCUUUACCGACUGGAUCGCUCGGGGACCAUUGAUAGCUGCGAUAGCAAUGUUACUAGGACCACCGCACUGUCUAGAUCGUAUCACGCUGGGCGUCAGUUCCCGCCAUUGUCGACCCGAUACGUGGUUGGAGAGAAGCAAACAACAACCAGCGUUAAUCACAAGUCAUCUGCCCUGUCAGGUCGGUUGUCGCCUGUCCUGACAAAACCUUUGAAAGACUAUCAACCUUUUGUUGAUCUGGCAAAAUUGCAGUUUAGGAAUGGAUAUUGGGAACAAGACGAAAGAUUCGCUGAAUGCGUUGGGUUGCCUUUAUUCAGCAUACAACAGGCAUCACCGCUGGCCGAUAAUACUGUAUGCGUAUCAAAAGACUUGGAAGAGCUGAUGAAGGGCUAUAAAUGCGAUUAUGGAACACAGCUUUGGGCAACUGCCUUAGGACUGGCAUGGCUUUGCCGUAACCACCGCGAUUACCAAGAUGAAUGGUUUCUUUUGGCGCGAAAGGCAGACACGUGGCUGGAAGAAUGUGAAUACCCACGUGGAUUUACACGUGCUGAUAUCAAGAAAUUAGCAUACCAAGCCCUAGUGCUCAUGCGCAGAAAGGAGUUGUCUCAAGGUUCUUCAUCUUUAUCGGAAUCUCCUCUGGAAAAAAACAUUCACUUCAAAAAAAGGUCCCAUUUGCUUUCCACAUGAACAUUCGCAAGCCUGAUGGAAACACGUGACAGGUUUGCUCCAUGCAUGUUCUCACGUCCGCAGGGAUCCCAUUCAUUACUUUUUUGUACAUUUUUUUCAAAACAUUUUUCUAUACAGAUCCUAUUUCACUAGCGAAUCACGUGACCAAUCACUUUCUAUCAUUCUUUCUAUCAGUGACCGACAUAUUUGAUAAACAUUUUCUUUAAAUCACGUGCAUAUAUACAUUUGUUGUAAAAAUAUAACAAAUAUUUUUUUAAUCUCGUGCAUAUACCGGCAUUUUUUUUCUUCUGUGGGGCGGGGAGGGCGGCGUGUACAUCUGCCAUCCAGCAUGGAAGAGCCUUAUCGCGUGAUUCGUCCCCAGACGAUAAAAUAGUAUUAACGUAAUACAAUAAGGGUUUAAUUUCUAGAUUUAAACUAGCCAAGUUAACUAUAGCCAAAUGGCCAAAAGGGGGCACAUGCGCUUAGUUAGUCGUGCUUUGAUCUAGAUCAGCAGCAAAGGGUUUCUUUUAUGGUUCGCGAUAAACGUAAACAAAUUAAAAAGCGCUAGUUGCUGUGACGUACGCUAUUGUCAUGACGACUGAUUUCAACCAGAAAUCGAUUCGUUUCAUGACACAAAAGUAACUUGACAAGAUGGUUGGCAAAUUAACAUCUCAAUGCUAAUGUUACCAACUGGCGCUAUAAUAGGUAGAAAAGGCAUUCGGAUAUUCAACCCUAACAGCUUAUUAUAUGGUAAACUUUGAGGAAUUAAAGCUGCACAAGCUAGCUGCUUAUUGUAAACACUUCUGCUUGUAAUCAAAAUAAAUUCAUUACCAUUUA